GAGAGAGAGAGAGAAUCCGUGAUGCCAGCUAUGAAGUUGAGGGAUGAAAGCUUUGGCUGAGGUCAAAGCUGGCCAAUUUCCUCUCUCUCUCUUGCUGUCUCUCUCUCUCUCUUCGCUCCUCUCCUCUCCACCAUCUGAUCACGCCACCCCUCCUCUUCCCUUUCGCAUUUACACACCCCCUCUCUCACCCCCCUCAAAGCAAUGGAAAAUGUUUGAUCUAAAGAGAGAGAGAGAAUUGCUUCAGGAAUGAUCUGAUACACAUAGAUAGAUAGAUAGAGAAAAAACAGCUGAUAUUUGAUCCUUUUAAUUUGCAGCAGCCUCCAUGGCCCUAUCUCCAUCUCCGCCUGCGAGACACAACCACUGGUGGCUUACCAACAGAAUGGUGGUGGAUAAGUACGUGAAGGAAGCGAGGAUCCUGAUCGGGAGCCGGGAGGAGAGCGCGAUCGCCUCGGCUCUUUCCCUCCUCGACGCGGCUCUCGCCAUCGCCCCUCGCCAGGAGCUGGCGCUGGAGUUGAAAGCUCGUUCGCUUCUUUAUCUCCGGCGCUUCAAGGACGUCGCCGACAUGCUACAAGAGUACAUUCCCAGCCUCAACUCGUUGGCCGCCGCCAAUGAUGCUUCCUCCUCGCCGUCGUCGACGGCGUCUCUCGCCUGCUCCGACAACUCGUGUCAGCCACUGUCCAGAGACCGAGUGAAGCUUCUCACCGGCGAGUCGCCGGACGUGCAGCAUCCCUCUUGCAAGUGCUUCUCCGUGUCGGACUUGAAGAAGCUGCUCAUUUCUCGCCUCUGCGGAAAACGUGAAGGGGAAGGGCAAUGGAGGUACUUGGUGCUGGGCCAAGCGUGUUGCCACCUGGGCCUAAUGGAGGACGCCAUGCUCCUCCUCCAGACCGGAAAGCGCCUCGCCACCGCCGCAUUCCGUCGCGAAAGCGUCUGCUUGUCCGACGAUAGCUUCUCCUUCUCCGCCGAAACCGUCACCUUCACCCUCACCCACACCCACCCCCCUCAAACCCCUCCGAUGACCGAGUCCGAGUGCAUCGUCCACCUGCUCGGCCACAUUAAGCUCCUCCUCCGCCGCAAGACUGCCGCAAUCGCCGCCCUCGACGCUGGGCUCUACUCCGAGGCCGCCAGGUACUUCUCCAAGAUCGUCGACGGCCGCCGUGGAGCUCCCCAGGCCUUUCUAGCCGAAUGCUACCUGCACCGGGCAACCGCUUACAGAUCCUCAGGCCGAAUUGCCGACUCCAUUGCGGACUGUAAUCGAGCCUUGGCUUUAGAACCGGCCCGCAUUGAGGCCCUCACUACCAGGGCCUCACUCUUCGAAGCCAUCCGAUGCCUGCCCGAUUCGCUUCACGACCUUGAAUACUUGAAACUUCUAUACAGUUCGAUUCUGCGAGAUCGGAAACUCCCGGGCCCGGCAUGGAAGCAACACAAUGUCCAAUACAGGGAAGUUCCCGGGAAGCUCUAUGCAUUGGCAGCAAAGAUUCAGGAACUGAAGGAGAGGAUCGGUUUAGGGGAAAUUGGGAAUUUGGAUUAUUACGCAUUGAUGGGGUUGAGACGAGGAUGCUCGCGAUCAGAGUUGGAGAGAGCCCAUUUGUUGCUGACCUUGAAGCACAAGCCCGAUAAAGCUACUAGCUUUGUGGAUCGGUGUGAUUUCGCAGACGAGCGAAGUGUUGAUUCAGCAAGAGACAGAGCGAGAAUGUCGGCCUUGUCGCUUUAUCGGUGGAUUCAGAAGGGUUACUCGAGUGUAAUGACGACGAUCAUGGAUGAAGAAGCGGCGGAGAAGCAGAGGAAGAAAGCUCAACAAACCAAACCAGAAGCUGAAUUGCCCAUGGCAGCAAGUGAAUCAUCAUCAUCGGUGUUUCAAGGUGUGUUUUGCUGGGACAUUGCGGCGCCGGUCGGGAGUGGUUUGAUGAUUCCUCAGGUUGGAUUCAACCGUCCGAUCCCAGUCAAGUACGAGGCCUUAAGCUGUUGAUCAUGAUGCCUUGCAUACCCAUCAUCUUCAACAUCAGGAUUCGAUCGUGUUUAUGCGAUGGGAAAGUUUUUGCCAUUAUGCCUGCAGCUGAGAAAAUUUUGCCUCCGAUUUUCAUAUUCUCAGCUCAGGCAUGUACAGUGUCUUGUCCGGUCCCUGCAAACUGCCUUAUCCUCUUCUGAUUCGAUCUUCCAGUAGCAACAAUUCAACCAAUUAAACCCAGUGAAUUAUACCGCAAUAGUUCAGUUCUUUAGAAACAAUUAAACAAAUAUUUUCUCAAUUAUCUCUUACUGGUUUGCUUGAGAGAUGAUUCUAAACCAGUGAU